AAAAAGUAGUGACUCACUUGUGUGUACACACCCCAAGAGACAUUGCGUCGUGGCGUCGAGUCAACGGCUUUCGUCUUCUUCGGCGGUUCCAACCCUUGCAGCUUAUUCCUCGCCACAAGUUGCUAUCGAGAUUGCACAAUGGAAGUCUUCUUAUUUUUCCUGCUAGCAUUGAUGCCGUACUGCGCCUUGGCUUACCCGUCAGGGGCACCCGUGAUCCGGUACCCAGAGGUAUGCAUCAGCAUGUCACCGGGGCGUCACCACGGCAAUAACACAGCUUCUGGAUCGGCCCCCUACACCAUCACAGUCAGUGAGAUGGGAAAAUCCUUCCAGGUAACCAUCCGUGCCAACCAGGGAGUCACUUUUUCCGGUUUCUUCAUACAGGCGAGAAGCCAGGCUGACACAUCUCUGACAAGCGCGCUCGGGACAUUCGGGGACGUUCCACAAGACACAAAACUUCUUAACUGCACAUCCACAGCGGGAGCCUGGUCGCACAGCAACGACAAGAACAGGACUGAGGUGACAGCAACAUGGAUGCCACCAUCAGAAAGCCAAGGCACUAUCGCUUUCCAGGCAACGAUUAUACGUGGUCCAGAAAAUGUUUACUGGGAAGGUGUCAAAUCUCAGCCUGUCACACCGAGUGCUGCUCCUGGUCCGGCUUCCAGUAGUGUCUUCUUUUUGACUUUCGCUAUGUUGUUGGCCUUGAUGGUGGGGCUACCGUAACCGAGUAAACGCGCCCUCUCGUGACAUUCUCUGAGACUUGUCACAUGCAUGAUUGUGCGCAACGCUUCGUCCGAAGUAUGUCUUCUCCAGCUGCACGUAUGCGGGCACAUUCUGACGAUAGACGUAGCCGUAGCUCUAGAGGUCUGUUUCGGAGAGGGCGUUAGAAUUUGUAAAGCAGUGAUGAAUCGUAAAUUUUCUUCGCAUGGGUGUUAUACGUCAGAAGCUUGCUCAGUUAUGCUCCUCCAAGUCUCAAGUUGAUACAGAAAGGUUUGCAUUUGCAUUAAACUGAUCUAAACUGCACUGGUUCCGCUUUUCAAAGGUCCUGCUGUAUGACCUUAUAUAAUAGCUGCAUUUUAAUGAUAAGAUUAUAAACUUUGCAGUUUUGCCAAUAAACACAAAGAAAAAAGAGUGGCCAAGUAAUUUUUAUUUGCUUCUUAUAAUCGUUUUAAUCAUUUUGUAUGUACUUACCGGGCUCACGUAGCUAAUGACAAUAUGACGUAACACUUUAAAAACUGUAUCACGAACCAAGAAUUAGCGCUUUCAUGUACUGACAAUCAAAGUUUGCAUAUAAUCAAGCUUAUAAUCGCAGAAACAUGCAUGAUGUAGAAAACAAUUAGCUUUGUACAUACUUAGGCUACCUAGGUUUCCUUAAAAAUCUACAAUCUAAUCUAAACACAAAGAAUAUUUACAACGAUGAACCUACAAACUAAAGAAUUACUCCAAAACAAAUGUCCAAACCUUUUGGGGAGUUGAGAUUAUCGCUUUGCAAGUGGUGAUCAUUGAGAGUAAUCCAUUUUAAUAUAACGACGUUUAAAGCUGUUAAAGCUCUCUUAAAGACCGCGGGAAAAAAAUAACAGUUACUUCCACAGGGAUAAAAACAUGCCUUAAACACCUUUACGGAAGUUCCUGUAAGUUACUGAUAUGUCAAUAUACAACUUUGAUUAUGACAAAAUGUUAACGAUAGCGCAUACAGAUGCAAAGGUGAACAAAAUGUAAGCUGUAUAAAUCUACAGUAAAUUUAUUCGCUUAAAAAACCUGCAAUAAACCAUGCAUUGUGUGGUACCAUUU